CCGGAAGAUCCGGCUGCUGGGUUGUGGAGAUAAACAGUAAUGGCGGAGGCAGCGGCAGCGUCCGCAGCGGCUCCAGCACUAACGGGAGGAAGCUGGACGAAACACGUAACCUGCAGGUAUUUCAUGCACGGGGUUUGCAAAGAAGGGAACAACUGUCGGUAUUCCCAUGAGCUCACCAGCAGCAAACCAGCCAUGAUUUGCAAGUACUUUCAGAGAGGAUGCUGUGCUUAUGGGGACCAUUGCAGGUAUGACCACGCCAAACCAGCCAAGCAGGAGGAGCUAGAAGCCCCCUCGCUGCCGGCUCCGCUGCCGCCUGCCCCCGCACCGCUCGCCCCUGCCCUCGCUGCCGCACCAGAGCCCAGGCCCAGUGGGAUGGGCGGCCCCGCCCAGCCGUCGGCGCGGCCGCACUCCUCAGGGGCCGUGGAUUGGGUCCACGCCGCCGAGUUUGUUCCAGGGCAGCCCUACUGUGGGCGAGCGACCAACCCUACGCUGCCAGAGACGCCCGGCCUCCUCAUCGAGGAGGAGUACGAGAAGGAGCGGGCUGAGAAGGAGCUGAAGAAGCAGCUGUGCCCGUAUGCCGCAGUGGGCGAGUGCCGCUACGGCCUCAACUGCGCCUAUCUCCACGGCGACGUGUGCGACAUGUGUGGCCUGCAAGUCCUGCACCCUUUCGACACGGCCCAGCGCUCCCAACACAUCAAGGCAUGCAUCGAGGCCCACGAGAAGGACAUGGAGAUCUCCUUCGCCAUCCAGCGCAGCAAGGACAUGAUGUGUGGCGUUUGCAUGGAGGUGGUGUUCGAGAAGGCCAACCCCAGCGACCGCCGAUUUGGUAUCCUGUCCAACUGCUCGCACUGCUACUGUCUGAAGUGCAUCCGCAAGUGGAGGAGCGCCAAGCAAUUCGAGAGCAAAAUCAUCAAGUCAUGUCCUGAAUGUCGAAUCACAUCCAAUUUUGUCAUCCCAAGCGAGUAUUGGGUGGAGGACAAGGAGGAGAAGCAGAAGCUCAUCCAGAAGUACAAGGACGGCAUGGGCAGCAAACCCUGCCGGUAUUUCGACGAGGGCCGAGGUUCCUGUCCGUUUGGGGCGAACUGCUUCUACAAGCAUGCCUACCCUGACGGGCGUCUAGAAGAGGCCCACCCACAACGACGGCAGGCGGGGUCUUCGGGGCGGCCCCGGAGUUCUAGAAGGACGCCGCUCUGGGACCUGCUGGACGAGCGUGAGAGCGGCGACUCCUUUGAGAACGAGGAGGAGGAGAUGGUGACCUUCGAGCUAAGCGAGAUGCUGCUGAUGCUCCUGGCCGCCGGGACCGACGACGACGCCUCCGACUCAGAGGACGAGUGGGACUUGUUUCACGAAGAGCUGGACGACUACUAUGAGGUUUACCUAUAGCACUCCCCCCCCCCCCGCCAAGACCACACCCUGCCCCCACCUAUACUAGACCCAUUAUGGACUGUCUUGUGUGAGUGUUGGACAGUAGCUUCUUUCCUUGUGUUGUGGCAGUGCCUUUUAGCUGGCCAUUUAACAAAUGAAAUGAAAAGAAAAAAGUAUUUAAAAAAAAAAAAGAAAAGAUCAAUAAGAUUAAACGAGAUAAGAUCGUCGACCCGUGCUGAAUCAUUUUCUAGAACUGUCCAUCUGUACGUCUGUUAUGUCCGGAUUAUUUAAAGACCUGCAACAAAAGAGAAAACAUGGGGAAAACCAUGGAAUGGUACCGUAAAUAAACUUUGUCGAGUUUAUUCUCUGGCGUGGGUUUGACUCGCAUGUCAUCUAGCCAGGUGUCUUUGAAAACGGUCUGCUGACGAUGGUUAAACGGAAACACGCACCGGUGAAGACUUUAAGUCCUCCUCUGUUUAAUGCACUGAAUUUGUUCUGGGUAGUUAUUCUCCACACGCACAGAUGCACUCUGAAGUUCCUGUGAACACCUCACAUCCUCUUUCCCCAGGUGUGAAAUGUUGCUGAUUUAAUUUUUUUUUAAUUCUUCUUUUUUUAUUUUUUAAACAUGUACAGGAGCAUAUUUUUCUGGCCUUUGUGAAUAGCAAUGCCGCUAGGAAGUCCUGGUACCUGAGAGCAGAAUCCACUGCAGGACCAAAUUGUUACAUUAUCAUGUUUUGCACUCAAACCUCAAAUGCAGUAAUUAAAUAUCUCAGUGUUUAUCAAAAUGUUCUAUACAUUGUCACAAUGAAUAUUGCAUAUUCAAGCUUGCUUGGGGAAGCCAAGCCACAAAGCCCUGAUUGUUAAUUCGUCCUUGUUUAACCUUUUGGAUUACACAUAUUUAUGUUUAAAUAUGUUUGUUUGCUAUGAUACAAAACCAUUCAACAUUACUUGAUUAUUAAAGUUUAUUAUCAAAGAA